CUUUCGGAAGUGGCCGGCGGGGCCGGGCCGGAGCCUGCGCAGUGCCGCCGCCGCCGCUCGGCUCCCGCUGCCGCUCCCUCUCCCUCCGGUGCCCAGCCCGGCGGCAGCGCAGCGGCGGCGGCCGGGGGCGGCGGCGGCGGCGCGGAUGCCCGGCCCGCUCCAUCCAGGAGGCGGCAGGGACUUUAGCCGGGGGGUGUCACAGCUCACCCGCGGGCUGGGAGGAGCUGAGAGCGGCAGAACGGCCCCUGAAGCACGACCCAACCCCGCCCGCCGUGUAUGAGGCUGGGACGCAGUACGCAGGACCCGCGUCCACAGAGUCACCCCUUCCGAUGUCCCGGCAUGAGACUUCUCCGACAACGGUGCAACCCGCCAGCAACCACCGCCCCAACGCCUGCUGCUUCUGCUGGUGCUGCUGCUGCAGCUGCUCGUGGAACGAGGACCGAGAGCGAGCAUGGAGGGCAUCCCGGGAGACCAAACUGGAGACCAUCCCAAACUGUGAAGCGUGUGCCAAACCCACGCCGGAGGAGGUGCAGGGCUGGGCACAGUCCUUUGACAAGCUGAUGAAGAGCCCGGCGGGGCGCAACGUCUUCCGGGAGUUUUUGCGGACUGAGUACAGCGAGGAGAACAUGCUCUUCUGGCUGGCAUGUGAGGAGCUCAAAACCGAGUGCAACAAGCACACCAUCGACGAGAAGGCCAGGAUGAUCUACGAGGAUUACAUCUCCAUCCUCUCUCCCAAGGAGGUGAGCCUGGACUCGCGGGUGCGGGAGGUCAUCAACCGGAAGAUGCAGGAGCCGUCCUCGCACACCUUUGACGACGCACAGCUCCAGAUCUACACGCUGAUGCACAGAGACUCCUACCCCCGCUUCCUGAACUCUGCCAUUUACAAAUCGCUGCUCCAGACCGUCUCCCACUCCUCCUCGGAGUCCUAAGGGCACCUACUAGCUGUGGGGACACCAGUGGGGACAUGGUGGCCAGGGGCGGUCGGUGCCUCCUCCCCUCUGCCGCCCUCCGUGCCAGACCUCACCGAGUUUUUAGCUUUUUACCUAUGAACUGGCACCCCGGUGUCU